AUGUCUGCAAGUUGCGAGAUGCGGGAAGCAUGGGAAGGCAUGUGCAAGAGCAAAUUCCUACUAGAGGUGCAGGUGUGGUGCUGCAAAGGGUGUCAACUAUGUUUGUUAAGUCAAAACAAAGUAUUAUUCGUGAAAAAUUGGACCACAGAAGGGAAGUUUGUCACUGCGACAGGAUCUAAAAAGUAAGACAUCUAAGAAGAGCACAUGUACAAAGUCUGAAAGUGAAGCAACCAAAACUCCAGCCGCUAUAAGAGAACGGGUAAAACACUUUGAGGAUCCAGAAAUCACUGUUCGGUGUCUUGUUGAAAUCAGUAAAGGAAAUGAUCCCGAAGGUGACUUCAAUCAUCUUACAGGAAAGCAUCUUACGAAGUUGCUGAAAGAAUUUUUACUUCCGGCACUCGGGGGCAAAAAGAAGUCACGACAGAUUUCAGGAAUCUUAUCCCAUUUAGGGAUCCGGAAAAGGUAAGCUACACGUAUAAUCUUGCUGGUGAUCAAAACUAGGUGAAACAGGAUAUUGGAAACAAAAAAUAUAAUGACUCUCAAACUGUCUGAUGGCGUAGAUUAACAUAAAUCAAUUAUCAAGGACACAAAUGGACGUAAAUUAAAGGGUUGUAUAUAAAAGAUAAGAUAAUGGAUGUACUCCUUAGGGUACACAAUUACACUCAGAUUGCUACUUUAUUUACAUUCAUUUUCCGGUUUUCGUCCAUAAAUCUCAUCCAUAUGAUGUAUUCUGAUUACACUGACAUACUUUUUACAUUUUCAUUACAGCUUAAGCAACCUGCACGGCAUACUGGAUAGAUGGCUUAACAUCUCAACUCCCUAUAAACACUGUAUUUUUCUUUUACCACAAAUACAAAGAGUGUUAAUAAAUGCAACUGAGUUAAUUUUUUUACAGAAACUCUCACUAUUAAAUACAUUUUGUACCGUUUGCUGAAGGGCCAAAAUGUAUAAUAAUAUAAUAUGCAUGGGGAACACUUUUGUUGCAUAAUAAAUAGACAGGAAAUCACUGGACUGAGCAUGGUUUGAGGCCUGUACAAUUUUAGGUAUGUUUGUUCUUCUCAAAGUAAAAUUCAAUAAAGUAUUGAAAGUUGGUCUGAAACAGCAUCAUUUUAAAAGGAGUUAGUUCCCCUGCAGAGGGUAGACAUUUUCUAGGUUUCUUUUUGUACUAAAAGGGAUGUGGUUCAAACCCAGAUAGUGAAACCCCUGUCCCCAAACUAGAAUCAAGGACCCUCUCCCUGGGCUAACUUUACACUGUAAGUACAAGAGAGGAAUUAAAAAAAAGAAGAAGAAAUAAUCAAGCCAGAACCAGUACUGUUGAAAAUCUUACCAAUAACAAAACUAAUGAUAAUAUAUUUACACUUAUUAUGAAAGCCUUACAGGCCAUAGCACUGUUUGAAGAAUUCCUUCCCUUGUUUAGCGCUUUGGCAAAGUCUGACCAUUUGCAGCCAGGCUUAAACAGUCUUGUAACUCAGCCUGAUUUGCUUGUUUUUUAGAAACUAGUUGGGAGGAAACAUAGUAGAUGGUACCACAAACAUUGUAGCCAUAUGUAUAUGCAGUAAUAUUUCUGGUACCACCACACAUUUGCCUUUAGGGACUUGUCAGAAAUUAGCGGGGGUGGGGGUGGAAACAGAGGAAGGGUCACAACUUUUUGAGACUCAGAAAAGGGAGGGGUCAUGAAAAAGGGGGAGGGUCAUGCAAAUAUAUGCCCGUGAACAUGUAGAGGCUCGCCCACAGAAGAAAAAGUAAGUUCCUUGGUAAAAAAAAAGGGAGAAAAAAGAGCAACAAAACAUUAUGGAUAUAAACUGUGAAGUACUAUUGCAAGAAUAUGACAAACAUCCACCUUUCAUUUAUAACAAUGCUAGAGAGUCUUAUUGAAAUUAUGAAUAAUGUUGUUAUUAAUGUUAUUAGAGUUUUGGCUAUCCUAUUAAUCACUGUCUUCGGCAUCACCAUCAAUGCUGCUGUGAGCAUCUUGAUCAUCAUCAUUUAUGUCAUUAGCUUUGAUACAAUCAUUUUCGUCAUCAUCAUGAUUUUCAUUUAAGUAGAAGCGUAGAUAUUGCUUGAUAAUGUCCUGUGAUUCAUUGGUGAACAAUCCCUUCUCAAAGGCAUAUUGGAUAUAUGGCCUUCGUGUUUUGAGGAGCCCACUUAUUCCCUCAUAAUGAAUAGAUAAUGGGCCAAUAGGCUCUGUAACAUGAUGCGACUCUUGAUGAGGUGUAAUGGUUUCAAUAACUCUUUUGCAGUUAGCUUCCAUUCUUGUUGCCCUAGCUUUCUUUGCUUUCCUUUUAUUUUGUUUUUGUUUCCUUUUUUACUUGUUGACUUGGAAUACUGCGCGUUAAAGAGUCUGGAACAUUUUUCUUUCAAUUCUCUAAGGUGGGGAGGGUCAUGAUAUUUUAGGCCAAGCUCAAGGGGAGGGUUAGCAAAUUUCACUCCCAUUGCAGGGAUGGGUCACCUCAUUUCCGAACCCAAAUUUAAAAUUCCAACCCCCCUUCCCCCCUGCUAAUUUCUGACAAGUCCCUUAAAUAGAGAAAUAGGACUCAACACAGUCCUGAUUUAAACGAUGCAAAAUCAAAUAAAGAUCAUCACCAAACUCGUCUUUAAAUUCAUUACUUUCGAUAUACUGCAAAAUUCCUUUUAAAGCAUUCACUGUUACCUGAAAAGAGAUGAGAACAACAGUCACUUAACACCGUUGUUUUCGUGACCAUUAUUUCAUUGGUGAAAAAAGGAUAAAACAAUCACUUUGAGAAAAUUCAUUACAUAUUCUUGUUAACAGCUUUACAUGUAGCCAUUAUUACUAAUCAAAUCUAAAAAGAGGAAGGUUUUCAUCCAAAAGAGAAAUAUUGACAAUGUAAAUAUAUAAUAAUAAACACGUGAUGACUAGUCCCUCGGGAAACAGCUAAUUUUGUUGCCCUCGAAUGUCAAUGUUUGAGGGAAACAAAAUUAACUGGUUCCCAAGGGAUUUGUUAUAUAGCUGGAAAUUUUGAAGUUGGGAAUUCAUUAAACCUCGCUGUAACAGCGGUUGUCGGUCAAUAUUCACUGUUACCUUCUGAUAUCCUAGAGUUUUGCAACGUUGCCCAUUCAGAGAUUAGGUAUUUUAAGAUCUGGGACGCGACGACUUCUAGAACGCGGUGGCUGAUAAAGGACUGGAACUAGAACGCCGUCGUUUGUGCGCGAAAAGUAAAGUUAAGAUCUCCGUCGCGAUGCAAGACGACGCGGCUGCAAACCGCUCUUUAUCAGUGUGAUUCUUCGGCAAUUCUUUCGCAGAAAUAGCCAUGGUAUCAUUUAA